CGGACCACUUGAAAACCGAAGAGACGCACGCCUCUUGGCUCCGCAGCCCGCCGAAGAGAAGAACCAGAGAAACCAAAAGGCACGGCGCUCCGGCCGGCGCCGGCGAGGCAGCAAUGGCAGCGACCUUGGCCCGCGUCUCCCUCCCUGCCGCCCUCCGAGCCCUUGCCAGGCCGCGGCACGGCGCUGCAGGGGCUCCUCUUCAGUUCGACGCCACGGCGAUCGCCAGGGGCUCCCUAAUUGGCGUCAGGGGCACCGGCACGGGCACCGGCGCUGACGGGGCGUUGCAAGGGGAUGAGGAGGCGGUGGUGCCGCGGUCAGUGCCGGCGCACAUCGCAUACGAGCUUCAGAAGGCCGGCCACCGCUACCUCGACGUCAGAACCGAGUCUGAGUUCCGUGCCGGGCAUCCAGAAAGAGCUGUAAAUAUCCCCUACGUGUUCAGGACCGACUCAGGAACGACGAAGAACACAAACUUCCUUGAGCAAGUGUCAAGGAUCUUCGGGAAGGAUGAUGAGAUCCUCGUUGGCUGUCAGAGUGGCAGGAGAUCUCUCAUGGCAGCAACUGAGCUCCACUCUGCUGGUUUCACUGAUGUAACAGACAUCGCCGGUGGGUUCUCUUCAUGGAGGGAGAAAGGACUGCCUAUCAACCAGUGAUGUCUGCUCGCAAGCAUUGCCUAGCCUAACGAUCUAUCAAGGCUGCUCUGCUCGACGAUUGCUCAUCAGUCUUCUCGUCUUUUGAAUUAAUAGUGCAGAAUAAAAUGGAGCCU